GCAGCGCCGGGAGCGCACCAAGAUGGCGACACCCGCAGUCCCUCCCGCAGCUCCCCCCGCGCCGCAGUCCGGCAGCGCCGCGCCGGGGCCGCGCUGAGCCCGCCCGACACGAGCCUGACCUGCCCAGGGGUGCAACAUCUGCAGGGAAGCAGCUGCAGGAUGAAAAGAUGGCAGCGCGGCUGCUCGCACCACCCGGCCCCGAGAGUUUUAAACCCUUCACUCCGGAGUCGCUGGCCAACAUCGAGAAGCACAUCGCGGAGCUGAAGAGGAAGCAGCGCUCCAAGCAGGACAGCAGCCACCGCGAUGACGACGAGGACAGCAAACCCAAACCAAACAGUGACCUUGAGGCGGGGAAGAAUUUGCCUUUCAUCUACGGGGACAUCCCUAAAGGGCUGGUUGCUGUGCCACUGGAGGACUUUGACCCUUAUUAUAUGACCCAGAAAACCUUUGUAGUACUAAACAGAGGGAAAACACUCUUCCGAUUUAGUGCCACACCUGCCUUGUACAUUUUAAGUCCUUUUAAUCUGUUUAGAAGAAUAGCUAUUAAAAUUUUGAUACAUUCAGUAUUUAGCAUGAUCAUCAUGUGCACUAUUUUGACCAACUGUGUAUUCAUGACUUUUAGUAACCCACCGGAAUGGUCAAAGAAUGUGGAGUACACAUUCACUGGGAUUUAUACCUUUGAAUCACUGGUGAAAAUCAUCGCCAGAGGUUUCUGUAUAGAUGGCUUCACCUUCCUGCGGGAUCCCUGGAACUGGCUGGAUUUCAGCGUCAUCAUGAUGGCAUAUGUCACAGAGUUUGUGGACCUUGGGAAUGUCUCAGCAUUGAGAACUUUCAGAGUUCUCCGAGCUUUGAAAACUAUCUCUGUAAUUCCAGGCUUGAAGACCAUCGUGGGUGCCCUGAUCCAGUCUGUGAAGAAGCUGUCAGAUGUGAUGAUCCUGACAGUUUUCUGUCUCAGUGUCUUCGCCCUCAUCGGCCUCCAGCUCUUCAUGGGCAAUUUAAGGAACAAAUGUGUGAUUUGGCCAAUUAAUGUCAACGAGACCUUUCUGGAUAAUGGCUCCAGGGGCUUUGACUGGGAGGAAUACACCAAUAAUAUGUCAAAUUUUUACAUCAUUCCUGGCGCCCCUGACCCUUUGCUCUGUGGUAACAGCUCAGAUGCAGGCCAAUGUCCGGAGGGAUACACGUGCAUGAAGGCGGGACGCAACCCCAACUACGGCUACACGAGCUUCGACACCUUCAGCUGGGCUUUCCUGGCUUUAUUUCGCCUUAUGACUCAGGACUUCUGGGAAAACUUGUAUCAAUUAACUUUACGAGCGGCAGGAAAAACCUACAUGAUCUUCUUUGUGCUGGUGAUCUUCGUGGGAUCCUUCUACCUGGUGAAUCUGAUUCUGGCCGUGGUGGCCAUGGCCUACGAGGAGCAGAACCAGGCCACUCUGGAGGAGGCAGAGCAGAAGGAGGCAGAAUUCAAGGCCAUGCUGGAGCAAUUGAAAAAGCAACAGGAAGAAGCACAGGCUGCUGCCAUGGUCACCUCAGCAGGGACGGUCUCUGAGGAUGCUGUGGAAGAUGAUGGAGGGGGGAGGAUGUCUCGGAGCUCCUCGGAGAUUUCCAAGCUCAGCUCCAAGAGUGCCAAGGAGCGCCGGAACAGGAGGAAGAAGAGGAAGGACAAGGAGCUGUCGGAAGGAGAUGAGAAGUGUGACAAUGAGAAGGUGUUCAAGUCGGAAUCUGAGGAUGGCAUGAGGAGGAAAGCCUUCAGGCUGCCGGAUAACAGGCUGGGAAGGAAAUUCUCCAUCAUGAACCAGUCUCUCCUCAGCAUCCCGGGCUCCCCUUUCCUCUCCCGCCACAACAGCAAGAGCAGCAUCUUCAGCUACAAGGGGCGCUUCCGCGACCCGGUGUCGGAGAACGAGUUUGCGGACGACGAGCACAGCACGGUGGAGGAGAGCGAGGGCAGGAGGGACUCGCUCUUCAUCCCCAUCCGCGGCCGCGACCGGCGCAGCAGCUACAGCGGCUACAGCGGCUACAGCCAGGGCAGCCGCUCCUCGCGCAUCUUCCCCACGCUGCGCCGCAGCGUCAAGAGGAACAGCACCGUGGACUGCAACGGCGUCGUCUCGCUCAUCGGCGGGCCCCCCUCCAGCAUGCCCGGGGGUCGCAUCCUGCCCGAGGGCACCACGGAAAUCGAGAUCAGGAAGAAGCCUGGCGGGUCUCUCUUGGUCUCCAUGGAUCAGGUGAACGCGUCCUACGGAAGGAAGGACCGGACCAACAGCGUCAUGACCGGGCUGACCAACACCCUCGUUGAGGAGCUGGAGGAGUCCCAGAGGAAGUGUCCCCCUUGCUGGUACAAAUUUGCCAACACGUUCCUGAUCUGGGAGUGCCACCCCUACUGGAUGAAGCUGAAGGAGAUUGUGAAUUUAAUUGUCAUGGAUCCUUUUGUUGACCUGGCCAUCACCAUCUGCAUCGUGCUGAACACCUUGUUCAUGGCCAUGGAGCACCACCCCAUGACCCCCGAGUUCGAGCACGUGCUCUCCGUGGGAAACCUGGUUUUCACUGGGAUUUUCACAGCAGAAAUGUUCCUCAAGCUCAUUGCCAUGGAUCCAUACUAUUAUUUCCAAGAAGGCUGGAACAUCUUUGAUGGCUUCAUUGUCUCCCUCAGUUUGAUGGAGCUGAGUCUGGCAGAUGUGGAAGGGCUCUCCGUGCUGCGAUCUUUCCGAUUGCUGAGAGUCUUCAAACUGGCCAAAUCCUGGCCCACUCUGAACAUGCUGAUAAAAAUCAUUGGUAACUCAGUGGGUGCCUUGGGGAAUUUGACCUUGGUGCUGGCCAUCAUCGUGUUCAUCUUCGCCGUGGUGGGGAUGCAGCUCUUUGGCAAAAGCUACAAGGAGUGUGUCUGCAAGAUCAAUCCGGAGUGUGAGCUACCCCGCUGGCACAUGCACGAUUUCUUCCACUCCUUCCUUAUUGUCUUCCGUGUGUUGUGUGGGGAGUGGAUUGAGACCAUGUGGGAUUGUAUGGAAGUGGCAGGCCAGGCCAUGUGCUUGAUUGUCUUCAUGAUGGUCAUGGUCAUCGGAAAUUUAGUGGUGCUGAACCUGUUCCUGGCCUUGCUGCUGAGCUCCUUCAGCGCCGACAACCUGGCGGCCACGGACGACGACGGGGAGAUGAACAACCUGCAGAUCUCGGUGAUCCGCAUCAAGAAGGGCAUCGCCUGGACCAAGGCCAAGGUGCGCGAGUUCAUGCAGGCGCACUUCAAGCAGCGCGAGGCGGACGAGGUGAAGCCCCUGGACGAGCUGUACGACAAGAAGGUGAACUGCAUCGCCAACCACACCGGCGCCGACAUCAACAGGGACAUCGACUUCCAGAAGAACGGCAACGGCACCACCAGCGGCAUCGGGAGCAGCGUGGAGAAGUACAUCAUCGACGAGGACCACAUGUCCUUCAUCAACAACCCCAACCUCACCGUGCGCGUCCCCAUCGCCGUGGGCGAGUCCGACUUCGAGAACCUCAACACGGAGGAUUUCAGCAGCGACACGGAUCCUGACGGCUCCAAGGAGAAACUGGACGAGAGCAGCUCCUCUGAGGGCAGCACCAUCGAUAUAAAACCUGAGGUGGAGGAAGUUCCCGUGGAGGCACCCGAGGAGUACCUGGACCCCGACGCCUGCUUCACCGAGGGUUGUAUGCAGCGCUGCAAAUGUUGUCAGGUGAAUAUUGAGGAAGGGCUGGGGAAGUCGUGGUGGACCUUGAGGAAAACUUGUUUCCUCAUCGUGGAGCACAACUGGUUCGAGACCUUCAUCAUCUUCAUGAUCCUCCUCAGCAGCGGGGCUUUGGCUUUCGAGGACAUUUACAUCGAGCAGAGGAAAACCAUCCGGACCAUCCUGGAAUAUGCAGACAAAGUCUUCACCUACAUCUUCAUCCUGGAGAUGCUGCUCAAGUGGUGCGCCUACGGCUUCGUCAAAUUCUUCACCAACGCCUGGUGCUGGCUGGAUUUCCUCAUCGUGGCUGUCUCUUUAGUCAGCCUUAUAGCUAAUGCCCUGGGCUACUCGGAACUAGGUGCCAUAAAAUCCCUUAGGACACUAAGAGCCUUGAGGCCUUUAAGAGCGUUAUCCCGAUUUGAGGGGAUGAGGGUGGUUGUCAACGCCUUGGUUGGCGCAAUCCCUUCCAUUAUGAAUGUCUUGUUGGUCUGCCUUAUCUUCUGGCUGAUUUUCAGCAUUAUGGGGGUUAACCUGUUUGCCGGGAAAUAUCAUUACUGCUUUAAUGAAACAGCAGAGCAUCGCUUUGAGAUUGAUGUUGUUAACAACAAGACCGACUGUGAAGCUCUGAUGCCUCCCAACUCCACCGAGAUCCGCUGGAAGAAUGUGAAAAUUAACUUUGACAAUGUUGGCGCGGGGUAUCUGGCGCUGCUGCAAGUGGCUACAUUCAAGGGUUGGAUGGACAUCAUGUACGCAGCUGUUGAUUCCAGAAAGCAAGAAGAGCAACCCAAGUACGAGGACAACAUUUACAUGUACAUUUACUUCGUCAUCUUCAUCAUCUUCGGGUCCUUUUUCACCCUGAAUUUGUUCAUCGGCGUCAUCAUCGACAACUUCAAUCAACAGAAGAAAAAGUUUGGAGGUCAAGACAUUUUCAUGACAGAAGAACAAAAGAAAUAUUACAAUGCCAUGAAAAAACUGGGCUCCAAGAAACCUCAAAAACCCAUUCCCCGUCCUCUGAACCGCGUCCAAGGCGCCGUCUUCGACUUCGUCACGCAGCAAGCCUUCGACAUCGUCAUCAUGAUGCUCAUCUGCCUCAACAUGGUGACCAUGAUGGUGGAGACGGACACGCAGAGCAAGCAGAUGGAGGACAUCCUCUACUGGAUCAACUUCGUCUUCGUCAUCUUCUUCACCUGCGAGUGCGUGCUCAAGAUGUUCGCCCUGCGCCACUACUACUUCACCAUCGGCUGGAACAUCUUCGACUUCGUGGUGGUGAUUCUGUCCAUCGUGGGGAUGUUCCUGGCCGAGAUCAUCGAGAAAUACUUCGUGUCCCCCACCCUGUUCCGCGUCAUCCGCCUGGCUCGCAUCGGCCGCAUCCUGCGCCUGAUCAAGGGAGCCAAGGGCAUCCGCACGCUGCUUUUUGCCUUAAUGAUGUCCCUGCCCGCCCUCUUCAACAUCGGCCUCCUGCUCUUCCUGGUCAUGUUCAUCUUCUCCAUCUUCGGCAUGUCCAACUUCGCCUACGUCAAGCACGAGGCCGGCAUCGACGACAUGUUCAACUUCGAGACCUUCGGCAACAGCAUGAUCUGCUUGUUCCAGAUCACCACCUCAGCGGGCUGGGACGGGCUCCUGCUGCCCAUCCUCAACCGCCCGCCCGACUGCGACCUGGACAAGGAGCACCCGGGCAGCGGCUUCAAGGGCGACUGCGGGAACCCCUCGGUGGGGAUCUUCUUCUUCGUCAGCUACAUCAUCAUCUCCUUCCUCAUCGUGGUCAACAUGUACAUCGCCAUCAUCCUGGAGAACUUCAGCGUGGCCACGGAGGAGAGCGCCGACCCGCUGAGCGAGGACGACUUCGAGACGUUCUACGAGAUCUGGGAGAAGUUCGACCCCGACGCCACGCAGUUCAUCGAGUACAGCAAGCUGGCGGAUUUCGCCGACGCCCUGGAGCACCCGCUGCGCGUCCCCAAACCCAACACCAUCGAACUCAUCGCCAUGGACCUGCCCAUGGUGAGCGGGGACAGGAUCCACUGCUUGGACAUCCUGUUCGCCUUCACCAAGCGCGUGCUGGGGGACAGCGGGGAGCUGGACAUCCUGAGGCAGCAGAUGGAGGAGAGGUUCGUGGCUUCCAACCCUUCCAAAGUGUCUUAUGAGCCCAUCACCACCACGCUGCGGCGCAAGCAGGAGGAGGUGUCGGCCGUGGUGAUCCAGAGAGCCUACAGGGCUCGUUUGGCGCGGCGAGGAUUCAUCAGCCGGAGGCCAGCGGGCUCCAAACUGGAAAACGGGGGAGCAAACCGGGAGAAAAAGGAAGGAACGCCCUCCACGGCCUCGCUGCCCUCCUACGACAGCGUCACCAAACCCGAGAAGGAGAAACAGCAGCGGGCGGAGGAGGGGAGGAGAGAAAAGGCAAAGAGACAAAAGGACAGGGAACACAAGUGUUGAGACACACAAAAAAAACCACAUUAAACACACACACACACACACAGGGAGAGAGGAGAGAAAAAAAUAGGUUAAAAAGAAAAAAAAAAAAAUUAAAAAAAAAAAUUUAAUUUAAAAAAAAAAUAGUAGAGUUGUAUGAAUUAAAGUAUUUGCAAGCGAAAAAAAAAAAAAGACAAAAAAAUUGUUUACAAACUUCUUGAAAUAUAUCAAUACAGAAGAGCUGUGGAGACACUUACCUGAAGAUCUUAUACCAAACAUAGUCUGCUUACUGUGUGACAGCGUUGCAUCUAAAAGCAGUGACCUACCACCUGUUUAAAGGACCCUGUAAACAAACAUUUAAACACAAAAAAAAAAAAAAUAACAAAAAAAAAAAAAAGGAAAAAAAAAAACCCACCAAAAAAAAAAAAAAAAAAAGGAUUUUCUAUUGUUUGGGCAGGUGGAUACUGCAUGUUCCACAUCAGUCAAUGCAACUUAGGACAAACAAGCAAAAUAAAUCACAAACACACACACAGA